AUGUCCGAUAUAGACGCUUUUGAUUCAGUAAACCAAGUUUCGGCUCAAACGAUAACACUUCAACCCAUUCAGGACCAAUUGGAAAAAUUUUUACAAGAUCAUCUUCAAGAUACAGGAAAUUCUGCUUUCUUGGACGAUAAUUAUGAUUAUGAGUUGUUUUUAGAAAGUUUAGAUGACUCCACGACAAUGUUUCAUAUUACAUGUAAAUUAUUACCAAAUUCUUUAAUUUUAAAUAUAUUGAAUAAGGAAAUUUAUGGAUUUGAUUUUGAUGUAACUGAAUUGAGACGUAGAAAUUCAUUAACUUUGCAUCAAAAGUUAAACCUCGAACGUAACUUGAAACAAACUAUUCCUUUGUACUUUUUAACAUCCAAUCACUGA